GAGUGGGUAACUGCAGACACCUGGGUGUGGAUAGAAAUACAAGUGGGCAUCUGCUCUACGAUCACUUGGAAUGGCAGUCCUUCUCUAAUCUCUUGGGUACUGGUAGGGUCUGUAGACUGGACUGGGCUUUUGGGAAUCAUGAACCUGUUUGCUGGGUUGGCAGUGCUAUCUCUGUUAUUCUCCAAGGUUUGGCUCCAAGAUUAUCCAAUAUGGGUGACGUGUGGCCCAGACUAUUUUCAGGUCAUAAUGGAGAAAGAUGUCUUUCGGAAUGGAACCAUUCUGCAACCUCAACAGGUGUACCUGGGGACUGGCUGCGAAGUAACUACGGUCCUAGAAGAUAAGUUUUUCUUCUUUUACUCAGUUUUACAUUGUGGAAUACAAAAAGAGAUGAAAUGGAACAUGCUAAUUUUCCGCAGUGUUCUUCACUGCCACCUUUCCUUAGAAGAUCCAGAAAGUGAUGUUCAUGACAUACCUCUGCAGUGUACAUUUGAUCAGGAAGUCGUACAUCAUCCUAGAUCGGAUAAUUUUCCUCCCCCUUUAAUUGGGACAGUUGAAACGCCUGCCUCUGUUCCACCUGCUGCUCCAUCUACCUCAGGAACUCAGCAAGACACUGGGCAUAGUGAGGGGGCAAGUGGCCAUCAGGAUCGAGGAGCAUCAGCCCUGGCCCUGAAUGCUUUCCUGGUGCCUGCCUUGUCACUGGCCUCUCCUGUAUCUUGGGGACACAAAACUUUUCAUCUAGCCAGCAAGGAUUACCUCCCAUCAUGCCUCAGGAUUUCCACUACGUCUUGGACUCUUGGCGCCAUUUACCCAGAAAUCUCUAGGAAGUUGUAAAUAUAUUGUCGAUACUGCUGUGAACUUUUAAAAUGGCCUUUGUCUUUCAAAGAGCUCUUAAAUAAACAGAGGGCACAAACCACUCUUCAUCGGCAUAAA